AUGACCAAGACCAAGAGAGUCCUCACACUUUUCCUGAGGUUCCUUGCCAUUGGAGCAACAUUAGCAGCAGUGAUCGUUAUGGUGACAAGCCAUGACUCUUCUCAGGUCCUCAACCUAACCUUCACUGCCAAAUAUAGCAACGAGCAAGCAUUCAAGUUCUUUGUGAUAGCAGAAGCCAUAGCAUGUGGAUACAGCCUAAUUCUCCUCCUCACAUUUUCCCAAACUUCACUUUGGCGUUUGGUUCUGAUCCUGGAUGUGGUGAUAGCAAUGCUACUCUCUUCAAGCGUGUCAGCAGCAGUGGCAAUAGCUCAUGUGGGCAAGAAAGGGAACACUCAUGCUGGUUGGUUACCCAUUUGUGGACAAGUUCCUAAAUUUUGUAACCAUGUCACUGGAGCUCUUGUUGCUGGUUUCUCAGCAGCUAUAAUAUACUUCCUACUUAUUUUUUCUUCUCUUUACUCUGUUCAGAACACCCUCUUUCUGUAA